AUGUCAUUUCAAUUUAAAAUAGCCUGUCUCAGCAGCUGGACAAUAGCUUGGGCAUAUAAGGCGUGGGGGACAAAUUCCUCCAGCCUGGUCCUCAGCACCUGCCAAAAUAGCAGCAAACCAUUCCCCGCCCCACCGCCUGUGUCGACACAUUCCUUUCACUGCGGGACUUGGCUCCUGAGAGCAGGGUCUCUCACGCUCACCCUCUUAAACCCUUGUCCUUCCCCCUGCGUACAGUUAGUUCCCAAGGAGCAGACACUAACCAGAUCUCUGUUGAGCCGGGCCCAAGGGGGAGCAGACACCAUGUCAGACACAGAAGAAGUUGUGGAGGAAUAUGAAGAGGAGCAGAAGUUUUGGCUGAAACUCACUCAUCUUUCCUUUUUUUUCUCUUCUCUCUUCCUUUUUCACAAAGAAGAGGCUGAGGAGGAAGAGGAAGAUUGGAUAGAGGAAGAGGACGAACAAGAGGCAGCUGCUGAAGAGGAAGAGGCUGAGCCAGAAGUGGAGGAGACCAAUGUAGAAGAAACAGAACAACAAGAAGAAGAAGUUAAAGAAGUGGAAGAUGGCCCAGUGGAGGAAUCGAAACCCAAGCCCAAGCUUUUCAUGCCCAACUUGAUACCACCAAAAAUCCCUGAUGGAGAGAGAGUAGAUUUUGAUCACAUCCUCCUCUCUGGCAGGACAUUCCACCGGAAGCGCAUGGAGAAGGACCUGAAUGAACUGCAAACAUUGAUUGAGGCUCACUUUGAAAAUCGAAAGAAGGAAGAGGAGGAGCUCAUCUCUCUGAAGGACAGGAUUGAGAAUCGGAGGGCUGAGCGAGCGGAACAGCAGCGCAUCCGGAGUGAACGGGAGAAGGAGCGUCAGAACCGUUUGGCGGAAGAAAAAGCCCGAAGAGAGGAGGAAGAGAACAGGAGGAAGGCUGAAGAUGAUGCUCGGAAAAAAAAAGCUCUCUCCAAUAUGAUGCACUUUGGUGGUUACAUUCAGAAGACAGAACGAAAGACUGGGAAAAGGCAGACAGAAAGAGAGAAGAAAAAGAAGAUCUUGGCAGAGAGAAGGAAGGUGUUGGCUAUUGACCACCUGAAUGAAGAUCAGCUGAGGGAGAAGGCUAAAGAUCUAUGGCAAACAAUCUAUAAUCUGGAGGCAGAGAAAUUUGACCUGCAGGAGAGGUUUAAGCAACAGAAGUAUGAAAUUAACGUUCUCCGAAAUAGGAUCAAUGAUAACCAGAAGGUCUCCAAGACCCGAGGCAAGGCCAAAGUCACCGGUCGGUGGAAAUAGGAGAAGGUCAGGGCACCUCCUCUGCAUGGAGGUUAGGAGGACCUUCAGAGUCCCAGGCUUCUUCACUGAUGAAUCUGCUAGAUGUUUCUCUACUCUUCUCUGACGUCGCAAUCCCACUUUGUCCCUGCUUCGUUUGGCUCACUCUGGAGAUCAGAGAGAGUUUUGAACUUGGAUGCACAGAGCUAGCCCAAGAGGGCUUCCUUCCCCAGAUACAUAUACACAUAGUGCCUCUAAUAAAAGUCAACACAGACAUAA